AUGUGCAAAUCUUUCGGCGGCACCCUUGAUGGAGCAGCUUUGGAAUGGCUCACGAACGUCCCUCCCGGAUCCAUCUCCUGUUUGUCCGAACUCAUCAACGCCUUCUACCAACAGUUCGCCAGCAGUCGCCAGUUGGAGAAACAAACCAGUGAUCUCUAUUGGUUGGUUCAAGGGCCAACCGAGUCGGUACACGAUUAUUUUAACCGUUUUAAUUGUGAAAAAAUUGGUAUAAAAAACUGUGAUGUCAGGACUGCUAUUGAGGCGUUCAAAAGAGGCCUCAUCCCCAAUUCGGAGUUAUACCGGGAAAUAACCAAAUACCCCUGUGCAACUUUCGAAGAGGUGCGAUCAAGGGCCACCGCCCAGAUGCGAAUCGAAGACGACGAGGUCAUCCGAACAGCAUCUCAACGGUCGACAGGGGGCAGCAGCGACAGAAGAUCGUACACCCCGAGGAACAACAACUGGCGUCACCAACCAUACGUUCGGCAAAACCAGGUACAAAGUGUCAAUCAGUAUUAUGAUACUAACAAUGUUUACAGGAAUGAGCGGGUCGAACACCCUAACAUCUCCGACUACGGCUUCAACGUCGACAUCGGAGGUGUGGUGAACGCCCUUCAAAAUGUAGGUGGAACAGUCAGAUGGCCCCGGAAGAGCGACAGACCGGACUCCAUGAAGAACAUGAGCAAAUGGUGCGACUUCCACCGCGACAACGGCCACAUAACCGAGGAGUGCAUCUCCCUCAAAAAGGAGGUCGCAUACCUCCUGAAACGGGGGCAUCUAAAAGAGCUGUUGAGCGACAAGGGAAAAGAAACGUUCUCCAAAGAGCAAACCACCCUGCCCGGCCCAACAAUAAGCAGCGAGCGACCAGAUCCACCACCGUUCAAUAAAGUGGUAAACGUCAUUUCCGGUGGUUCAGAUAUUUGUGGACUAACUUCUUCUGCAGCUAAAAAAAUUAACAGGGGAGAGUCUGAAACCAUGGAAGAGGGGCAAACCGAAGACGAGGUCGCACUGCACAAGUCCCUGACCGCAAUGGCUAUCACUUUCGACGACUCAGAUUCUGUAGACACACAGCGGGAACAUCACGACGGGUUGGUAAUAUCGCUCCCAAUAGGGAACGCCUUGAUAAAAAGGAUACUGGUCGACAACGGAAGCUCACCCAACGUACUGUUCUUGGAAGCACUACAAGAAAUGGGAUUAGAAGAGAAAAAUAUUGUAAGGAGAUCAACAGUUCUGGUAGGAUUCAGUGGAGAGGCACUACGGACAGUAGGAGAGAUAUUGCUGCCUACAUACGCAGAAGGCGUCAACAUGAUGACCAAGUUCAACGUCGUCGAUUGUCCAUCAGCGUACAACGUCAUCCUAGGACGACCAUGGAUCCACAAAAUGAAGGCAGUACCAUCAACAUACCACCAAUCAAUCAAGUUUCCAACCAAAUGGGGGGUCAUGGAAAUCAAAGGACAACAAAGAGAUGCGAAGAAAUGUUAUGAGACGGCACUGAAACCAUCCAAGUCGUCCAUCUAG